AUGAUCAAGCUGAAAAGUCACCGGCUGAAGGGAGGCAGAGUACAGGGUGGGAUAGAUAGCGGCAGAGUCCGGGGAGGAAUAGUUCUGGCUUGUAUCUUCUUCACUCACCUGAUAGCCUACCGGACUCAGUCCAGAUUCUCGGUCGAUCUAUUUGUGACCCCUCCUCCAUCUACUACUACCACUUUGGAAAGCGACUUGGUGCCCCCACCACCUCCCGUAGUUCUCAACACUACGUUCUUUACGUUGCCCGAAGAGGAGCGGCAAUUGACCCCCUUGCGAUUCGUGGACCGCGAACAGUACACACUUCGAAUAUUGAGCUGGAAGCGAGCCCAGUUUCUGGCGGCAUCGGUAUCAUUGCAUUCUCAAUGUCCGGGCGUCAAACAAAUUCAAGUGGUUUGGAGUAUCUUGCAAGAAGACGACAACAUGACGACGACGAAUCCAGACGAAAUAACCGACAAUCGCAUCCCUGCAGAAGUGUUGGAAAACCCAAAGGUCGUAGUGGAACGAAGGACCACCAACCGACUCAAUAAUCGCUUCGAUAUUCUGCCCACCACUCCCACAAGCACUCUUGGCAUUGUCAUUUUAGACGAUGACUUGAUUUACACUUGCGAGGCACUGGAUAUGGAUUCUUUCUGUGGACUCAACAUCCCGAUCGAAUGA